AUCAUACCCAUUAUACAGUACCUUAUUGAAAGUUUACUACUGAUAACAACGUGACCGUGGAUUUCAAAGUUUCAUUUCGCCGAUGAUAGAAGUUGUUUAUAUGUAUUUAAUCUCAAAAAUAGUAAUUAAAAAUCUACUGAAAAAUCAAAGUGAUUGUGUUUCUUCUAUCAUGGAGCUGGUUGAUCGUUUCAUUUUCUGUUCUUUACAAAUGUAACAUUCACCAUGGAUGAAAAUAUGGAUGAAGUCAAAUUAUGGGGAGAAUAUGAAGGAAGUAGUAAUUCAUCUAAACUACAGUGCAAUAGAGAUGCAUCGAAUAACACGGAGCACGAAGUAAUCCUAAAUUCGAUCAAAAAUAUUAACCCAAAGAGAUACUUUUUUAAUCCUGACCGGCAAUCAAGGUUCAUCCCCAUUAAGAAAGAAACAAAAUACAUCAGAUUAGAUAAUACGAUGAAAGAUAUUAUUAAAAUGAUGAACUACCGGGAUGAAAUGAAAACUAUCGUUGAAAAAGCUGCCAUAAGAGAUGUAGAUCAAUUAAACGAACAAAUUCGUACUUUACCAGUACCAAAAUUACUCAAAGAGAAACACGACAGUUGCAGUCGUCCACGCUUACAAAUUCAGACCGACAGCAAUUUCGUGAAUGGUAUAUGGGACGAAAAACCUCCUAGUUUAACUCCUGAAAGUGCCUUGAACACUUUAAGUACCUCGGUGGCAACUGUACUAGCAUUUACCGGUUUUACGGAUACUUCCAAUUUAUCAUUAAAUGUGCUGACAGAAAUAACCGAAGAAUAUAUUAAGAAAAUGUUGAGAUUGUUAAAAUUUAAUGUAGAAAAAGAAAAGCUCAGAGGAGAAUCAGGGUUUUGUGACGUUGUCGAUAGAACGUUUCAUGAAAUAGGGCUUGGAAGCCUUAGAAAUUUAAUUACCUAUUACCAAAGCAGUAUUAUAGAUUAUAAGAAUAAAAAACUAAAGGAAGUGAAAGAUGAAAUUCUUGCUUGUGAUAAUGUAAUUGAAAAAAUGAAAGAAGAGCAGAGACAAGUUAAUGGGAGAAGUAUCAUAUUGGAGGAGGAAAAUUCCGGUAUUCCUGAGCUACAUGUGACUUCGAUGUUAGGAAAUGAUUUGCUAUCGAGUUCCUUUGAAACUGGUUUACAAAUGUUGCAUACUAUAGAAAAUCAAAAAUUGACGGAUGUCGAAAGUGAUUCACUGAAUGAUUCCAAAGGACAAUUGCAAAACGAGUAUACAGAUUCCAAAGCUGUAAAACGAAAACGAAGAUGAUCAUUUCGAAAAUUACACAUAUCGUUUGGAAAUUCGUGAUGUUGAUUUCGAUUACACAGACUGCAAUAUUUAUUACGCUUCCGUUUAUGUUAAAGAAACGAUUUCAUUUAUUUAGAUCUUGAUGUAUUUCUUUUUUUUAAAAUUAUUGUAUCGAACUGAAUAAAUAAGUGUUGUUUAA